AAGAACAUUAGACAUCAGUGAUUGGGUGAAUGGCUGCUCUCACUAUGAACAUUAGGCAUCGGUGAUUGGGUGAAUGGCUGCUCUUACUAUGAACAUUAGGCAUCGGUGAUUGGGUGAAUGGCUGCUCUCACUAAGAACAUUAGACAUCAGUGAUUGGGUGAAUGGCUGCUCUCACUAUAAACAUUAGACAUCAGUGAUUGGGUGAAUGGCUGCUCUCACUAAGAACAUUAGGCAUCAGUGAAUGGCUGCUCUCACUAAGUACAUUAGACAUCAGUGAUUGGGUGAAUGGCUGCUCUCACUAUAAACAUUAGACAUCAGUGAUUGGGUGAAUGGCUGCUCUCACUAUGAACAUUAGACAUCAGUGAUUGGGUGAAUGGCUGCUCUCACUAAGAACAUUAGGCAUCAGUGAUUGGGUGAAUGGCUGCUCUCACUAAGAACAUUAGACAUCAGUGAUUGGGUGAAUGGCUGCUCUCACUAUAAACAUUAGACAUCAGUGAUUGGGUGAAUGGCUGCUCUCACUAAGAACAUUAGACAUCAGUGAUUGGGUGAAUGUCUGCUCUCACUAAGAACAUUAGACAUCAGUGAUUGGGUGAAUGGCUGCUCUCACUAUGAACAUUAGACAUCAGUGAUUGGGUGAAUGGCUGCUCUCACUAAGAACAUUAGACAUCAGUGAUUGGGUGAAUGGCUGCUCUCACUAUGAACAUUAGACAUCAGUGAUUGGGUGAAUGGCUGCAAUGCAUGAGGUUUUCGUUUGUUUUACACAUUUCUACUCCACCACCUAGUUUCACUUUAGUCCUGUAAUUAAUUAUUGGUUCUGUCAUACAAGGAAAGGCUUGUGUUGUUUGGUAAAGCAAGAACGUAGAGAAAUGCACAUUACAAUGAGUAAUUUAAUACUUCAGCUGUUUUUGGUUCCACUUUACUGAAAGCACCCAGGUUAAAACGUGUGAUAAUGUGUUAUUAGCCUGAACCUUUUAUAAUGUCUUAUCAGGCUUUUAAAAAUGCUUAUCCUGUGUUAAUACCUGUGUGUUUUAAACAGACACAAUGACCAGAAAGAGCUGGAAAUCCAGUCACUAUUGGACUUCUUAAAUGUGCCAUGUUAUAAAUGUUGAAACAUUUGCCUUAAUAACUCAUAAUAACUAUUAAUAACUUAAUAACUUAAUAACUUCGUUUUGCUGCACGUCUUCUUUUCAGUUGGUCGUUUAUAAUAUUUGAAUAUCUUCUCCUUAAUUAAAGGGUUCACUAUGCAAUCCUCUUCCUGAUCUGUCUCACUAUAUUAACCUUCUGCUGCUUAUUUUACAGACUGGUCAUCUUUUCUUAUUUAUUCUUGACAAUCAGUGUUUUCUUGAUACACAAGGUCUGAGUUUCCAAAUGGUAGUGUACUACUUUGGACCAGGGCCCAGUGUGGGGGGGUUAUAUCACUAUAUAGGGAAUAGAAUGCCAUUUGGGACGCUACAGAGAUCUGAACAGCACAAUGACCUGACGGCAGUACGGAUAGAGAUACAGCACAAUGACCUGACGGCAGUACGGAUAGAGAUACAACACAAUGACCUGACGGCAGUACGGAUAGAGAUACAGCACAAUGACCUGACGGCAGUACGGAUAGAGAUACAGCACAAUGACCUGACGGCAGUACGGAUAGAGAUACAACACAAUGACCUGACGGCAGUACGGAUAGAGAUACAACACAAUGACCUGACGGCAGUACGGAUAGAGAUACAACACAAUGACCUGACGGCAGUACGGAUAGAGAUACAACACAAUGACCUGACGGCAGUACGGAUAGAGAUACAGCACAAUGACCUGACGGCAGUACGGAUAGAGAUACAGCACAAUGACCUGACGGCAGUACGGAUAGAGAUACAGCACAAUGACCUGACGGCAGUACGGAUAGAGAUACAACACAAUGACCUGACGGCAGUACGGAUAGAGAUACAACACAAUGACCUGACGGCAGUACGGAUAGAGAUACAACACAAUGACCUGACGGCAGUACGGAUAGAGAUACAACACAAUGACCUGACGGCAGUACGGAUAGAGAUACAACACAAUGACCUGACGGCAGUACGGAUAGAGAUACAACACAAUGACCUGACGGCAGUACGGAUAGAGAUACAACACAAUGACCUGACGGCAGUACGGAUAGAGAUACAGCACAAUGACCUGACGGCAGUACGGAUAGAGAUACAGCACAAUGACCUGACGGCAGUACGGAUAGAGAUACAGCACAAUGACCUGACGGCAGUACGGAUAGAGAUACAGCACAAUGACCUGACGGCAGUACGGAUAGAGAUACAGCACAAUGACCUGACGGCAGUACGGAUAGAGAUACAACACAAUGACCUGACGGCAGUACGGAUAGAGAUACAACACAAUGACCUGACGGCAGUACGGAUAGAGAUACAGCACAAUGACCUGACGGCAGUACGGAUAGAGAUACAGCACAAUGACCUGACGGCAGUACGGAUAGAGAUACAGCACAAUGACCUGACGGCAGUACGGAUAGAGAUACAACACAAUGACCUGACGGCAGUACGGAUAGUGAUACAACACAAUGACCUGACGGCAGUACGGAUAGAGAUACAGCACAAUGACCUGACGGCAGUACGGAUAGAGAUACAACACAAUGACCUGACGGCAGUAUGGAUAGAGAUACAACACAAUGACCUGACGGCAGUACGGAUAGAGAUACAGCACAAUGAACAGCACAAUGACCUGACGGCAGUACGGAUAGAGAUACAGCACAAUGACCUGACGGCAGUACGGAUAGAGAUACAGCACAAUGACCUGACGGCAGUACGGAUAGAGAUACAGCACAAUGACCUGACGGCAGUAUGGAUAGAGAUACAACACAAUGACCUGACGGCAGUACGGAUAGUGAUACAACACAAUGACCUGACGGCAGUACGGAUAGAGAUACAGCACAAUGACCUGACGGCAGUACGGAUAGAGAUACAACACAAUGACCUGACGGCAGUAUGGAUAGAGAUACAACACAAUGACCUGACGGCAGUACGGAUAGAGAUACAGCACAAUGAACAGCACAAUGACCUGACGGCAGUACGGAUAGAGAUACAACACAAUGACCUGACGGCAGUACGGAUAGAGAUACAACACAAUGACCUGACGGCAGUAUGGAUAGAGAUACAACACAAUGACCUGACGGCAGUACGGAUAGAUAUACAGCACAAUGAACAGCACAAUGACCUGACGGCAGUACGGAUAGAGAUACAACACAAUGACCUGACGGCAGUACGGAUAGAUAUACAGCACAAUGAACAGCACAAUGACCUGACGGCAGUACGGAUAGAGAUACAACACAAUGACCUGACGGCAGUACGGAUAGAUAUACAGCACAAUGAACAGCACAAUGACCUGACGGCAGUACGGAUAGAUAUACAGCACAAUGAACAGCACAAUGACCUGACGGCAGUACGGAUAGAGAUACAACACAAUGACCUGACGGCAGUAUGGAUAGAGAUACAACACAAUGACCUGACGGCAGUACGGAUAGAUAUACAGCACAAUGAACAGCACAAUGACCUGACGGCAGUACGGAUAGAGAUACAACACAAUGACCUGACGGCAGUACGGAUAGAGAUACAACACAAUGACCUGACGGCAGUACGGAUAGAGAUACAACACAAUGGCCUGACGGCAGUACGGAUAGAUAUACAACACAAUGACCUGACGGCAGUACGGAUAGAUAUACAACACAAUGACCUGACGGCAGUACGGAUAGAGAUACAGCACAAUGACCUGACGGCAGUACGGAUAGAGAUACAACACAAUGACCUGACGGCAGUACGGAUAGAGAUACAGCACAAUGACCUGACGGCAGUACGGAUAGAGAUACAACACAAUGACCUGACGGCAGUACGGAUAGAGAUACAACACAAUGACCUGACGGCAGUACGGAUAGAGAUACAACACAAUGACCUGACGGCAGUACGGAUAGAGAUACAACACAAUGACCUGACGGCAGUACGGAUAGAUAUACAACACAAUGACCUGACGGCAGUACGGAUAGAGAUACAACACAAUGACCUGACGGCAGUACGGAUAGAGAUACAACCUGCCACGUACUCUGCUUCGUAGUAGGUUUUACUAAUGGUAAUGAAUCUAUGACUUUUUGAUGAAAAAAACAUUUAAAAAUCUGUUUUAUUUUUACCAAUCAGUCAGCAGCUCAUUUUAAAGGGAUUCAUUAAUCUACACAUCAUUAUGUACAUUAAAUGAUCUAUGUUCAUUAAAUGAUCUAGAUUAUUACACUCUGGGCUCACAAAGUGACUAUAUAAAGGCUUUAAUAGCAGUUUGUGUACAUACAUUUGAUAAAAUACAUUGUGUGGAUGAAUGAAUGUCAGGACAAUGAAAAUAAAAGAGCUCACGUCUGUGUUGUUUAAUGCAGCUAAAGGCAUAAAGUUCAUAUGUAAAGUUCAUAUGUAAAGUUAAUAUGUAAAGUUCAUAUGUAAAGUUAAUAUGUAAAGUUCAUAUGUGUUUUAAUAAACAUACUGGUUUGGUUCAACAUU